CACCCCUGCCCGGCCUCCCCACCGGUGUCCCGCCGCUCCCCGCAGCGUCCUCGCUCCCCUUCCCCUGCCGGGCGCGGUUCCUCCUCCCGCUCCCCCCGCCCCGCGUCUUUUCCUCUCCCCUCCCCGCGAAGUUUCGGGGCUGUCAGUCUGUCAGUCAGUCCGCGCCCGAGCUGCGGGCAGCGGACGCCACUGAGAGCAGAGCCGCCCGGGACCGGAGGCCAGGACGCCGGGGUCCCGGCAGCAGCGGGGAGACCCGGCCGGCCGGCCGCCAGGGUGUGUGGCCCGAGCCCCAGAAGAAGCUACCUGGGGUUGCCAUGAGAGAGACCUUGGAGGCCCUCAGCUCCCUGGGAUUCUCUGUGGGACAGCCGGAGAUGGCCCCCCAAAGUGAGCCUGGGGAAGGGUCCCAUAAUGCCCAGGAGCAGAUGUGCCCUCCCAGGGAAGAGAGAGCGCUGGGCUCCUCUUCAUGUUCGGGGCACAAGGCCCCCAGACCGGAGGAAGAUGCCCACCCUGAACAGGCUGAGGCUCCCUGCAGAGGAAGCCAGGCACACACACCACGGAAGGCUGAGCCUGUGGGCUCCUGCCCAGGAGAGGAGUGGAUGAUUCGGAAGGUGAAGGUGGAGGAGGAGGACCAGGAGGCAGAAGACAAAGUCGAAUGGCCCCAGCACCUGUCAUUACUGCCCGGCCCCUUUCCCGCGCCUGACCUGGGGCCUCUGGCCGCCGCCUAUAAGCUGGAGCCGGGGAUCCCAGGGGCACUGGCUGGGCUCUCGCUGGCCGCGUGGACUCCAGCCUCAGAGAAGCCCUACGGCUGCACCGAGUGCGAGCGACGAUUCCGGGACCAGCUGACCUUGCGGCUGCAUCAGCGGCUGCACCGCGGCGAGGGCCCGUCCGCGUGCCCCGACUGCGGCCGCAGCUUCACGCAGCGCGCGCACAUGCUGCUGCACCAGCGCAGCCACCGCGGCGAGCGGCCGUUCCCGUGCUCCGAGUGCGACAAGCGCUUCAGCAAGAAGGCCCACCUGACCCGCCACCUGCGCACGCACACGGGCGAGCGGCCCUACCCUUGCACCGAGUGCGGCAAGUGCUUCAGCCAGAAGAUACACCUGGGCUCGCACCAGAAGACGCACACGGGCGAGCGGCCCUUCCCCUGCCCCGAGUGCGAGAAACGCUUUCGCAAAAAGACGCACUUGAUCCGCCACCAGCGCAUCCACACGGGCGAGAGGCCCUACCAGUGCGCGCAGUGCUCACGCAGCUUCACGCACAAGCAGCACUUGGCGCGGCACCAAAGGGUGCACGAGGCGGCCUGCCGAGCCCCGCUGGCUUCCGAUGUGCCCGCCUCUCCAGGUUCUCCUGCCCAGACCCUGACGCCCUCCCCUCCGGGACCUAAGCCUUUCGUCUGCUCUGAUUGCGGACUGAGCUUCGGCUGGAAGAAGAACCUCGCCACGCACCAGCGUCUGCACGGCAGCGAGGGGCGCCCCUUCGGAUGUGACGAGUGCGCUCUGGGCGGUGCCACCGAACCCCUGGCCUGCGGGCAUCGCUGCACACAGGCGCCCCAGGGCGCUCCCGCCAGCGAGCGGUCCUUUUCCUGCCCAGACUGUGGACGCGGCUUUGCCCACGGGCAGCACCUAGCGCGGCAUCGGAGGGUGCACACGGGCGAACGCCCCUUCGCCUGCGCGCAGUGUGGCCGUCGCUUCGGCUCGCGGCCAAACCUGGUCGCCCAUUCCAGGGCCCAUAGCGGCGCCAGGCCUUUCGCCUGUGCGCAGUGCGGCCGCCGCUUCAGCCGCAAGUCUCACUUGGGCCGCCAUCAAGCGGUGCACACGGGCAGUCGGCCCCACGCUUGUACCGUCUGCGCCCGUAGCUUCAGCUCCAAAACCAACCUGGUCCGCCAUCAAGCCAUCCACACGGGCUCUCGCCCCUUCUCCUGCCCGCAGUGCGGCAAGAGCUUCAGCCGCAAGACGCACCUGGUGCGGCACCAGCGCAUCCACGGCGAAGCGGCCCCCCUGGCCUCCGACGCUGACCUCCCGGCCCCAGCCUGGCCCACUCCCACGGAGGUGGCAGCGCCCCCACUCUUCUUCUGAGCCUCCUUCUUGUCCAGGCCCUUCCUUUGCCUUCUCUUGCUUCCUGGUUGGAGAGACCCAAGUCCAAUCGGGUGAGCACUGUGGCAGGAUGGCCUAGGCCCCUGACGGCUGUUUUUCUUCCUUCUCCAUCUUGCUGGGGAGACGGCUGGAAAGGAUAACCGGCUUUAACAUUCUGUAACAAAGACAGUGCUGAGUGAACCCUUGCUGGGAAUAAUUCCUGCCUGAGUCCUUGGAAGGCCCCACCGAGGGAAGCCCUGGAAAGCUGAAGUUUCCUGGACGCCGCCCCCCACCCCCCACCCCCCCGCCGCCAAGGCGGGAACCUCUACAGGGGGAGAGAAAGAAUGGUUAUCUGAGUACUUACAGUGUCAUUAAAAUUUAAAUCUGAAGUUUCUAGGACUUUUAAAUGAGCUGGGGGAGGGAACCCCUGACUAAUCCACACACAGAGGACCUUCCUUUACCUACCCUGGGUGAGUUCCACUUAUCCAGCUGCUGGUAAUCGCUCUACCAAAUCAAAAUAUAAUACAGCUCAUUUCCAAACCACUCCCCGGCUCCCUGCUUCUAGCUCAGAAAUGUGACGAGGAAGAAACGUUAGCAUACAUUUCCCAUGCCAGGUGUUGAAGGCUAGAACGUGGGGGAUACACAGAGAGGGGGCAGGUGCCCUUUGGCUGGGCUGUUCCCCUGGAGACACGUAACCCUGGCCUCUGGAGCUCUAGAACUUCUGCUCUGUCUGCAGCUCUCCCAAGGGGCUCUCAGAAAAGCAGUCCCACCCUCCACCCUGCCUGGCACCAUGAGGAAGGACCUUAAUGGCAUAUGAAAUUUCUUUCCCAUCAUACCUUUAAGUUCUGUCUUUAUGAUGGAUGCUUGAUCCAGAGGUCUCUGUAGCUGUGCCUCCCCAGCCCAGGCAGCUAGGAGAGCUGGCUGUCAGUAAAGGGAAGGGGUGGGGUGAUGGGGAACAGGUUGAACCUGGAGUGAGGAGU